UCACGCACCGUAUCCACUGAUCCCGCUUGGAGGACCAAACCCUCCCGCCUGGUCUUCCAGUCCCGCCCCAUCCCUCACAAUUUACUGGGAGGCGCCGCCAAUCUCCGGCCGCAUGCGUAGUGGCGGUCAGGGCAAAGACGCUGGUGCCCAAUCCGUGACAACAAAGUGCAGAGCUGGAUGAACACAGCAGGCCAAGCAUCAUCAUAGGAGUAGUAAGGCUGACGUUUCGGGCCUAGACCCUUCAUCAGAAAUGUAUUCAGUCUGACUGGCCCGCAGGGUGGUCAUCUCCGAUCCACGAACGGGAAAAUCCCAGUCCGGGUUUGCUGCAAACGGGAAAAUGGUUGCGGGGCUCAGGCAGUGACAGACUCAGUUUGCCAACGCCAUCUUUAUUGGGUGCAGCAGGACGCGUUCGCAGCCUUGUCGUCUCCGAAGGGAAGAUUUGAGGACAGCAAAUUCAAACCGAGUCAUCUUUUGUCCCUUCCGAAUUUCUAUUCUGGACUGACGGGCAUUGGAAAGCGGGGAUUUGGAGUUUCAAAACUGAAAUCACACAGAUUCUGAUGGAUUGAACUAAUUUAUUGUAACCUGAAUCUCAUCAGAUUUGAACAUGGAAGUAAAAAGCACCACUAACAGUGAGGAGAAACUGUACACGUUUUCUGUAUGUGAACAAGGCUUCAGCAAAUCGUCUGGUCUGUGGAGUCACAAAUGUGGUCACACUGAGAAAAAGUUGUGUAAAUGUGGAGACUGUGGGAAAGGAUUCAAUUACCCUUCCCAACUGAGAAAGCAUCAGUGCACUUUCAAUGGGGAGAAGCCAUGGAAAUGUACUGAGUGUGGGAAGGGAUUCAGUUACCCAUCUGAGCUGGAAAUUCACUGGCGCACCCACACUGGGGAGAAGCUGUUCACCUGCUCCCGAUGUGGGAUGGCAUUAGCUCACUUACACAGUCUGCUGAUACACCAGCGGGUUCACACAGGGGAGAGACCGUUCAACUGCACUGAGUGUGGGAAGGGAUUCACUACAUCAUCCAGCCUAGUGAUACACCAGCGAGUUCACACUGGGGAGAGACCAUUCACCUGCUCUGUGUGCGGGAAGGGAUUUGUUACAUCGUCCAGCCUGCUGAUACACCAGCGUGUUCACACUGGGGAGAGGCCUUUUAAAUGCUCAGUCUGCGAGAAGUGUUACCAAAGUUCUGGGGAACUGAUGUCUCACCAACGUGUUCACACUGAUGAGAGACCAUUCAUAUGCUCUCACUGUGGGAUUGGCUUCAAGCGAUCAUCUCAACUCACGGUACACCAGCGAAUUCACACUGGGGAGAGGCCGUUCACCUGCAAUGAGUGUGGGAAGGGAUUCACUCAGACAUCCAGCCUGUUGGAACACCAGCGAGUUCACACUGACCACAGACCUUUUAAAUGCUCAGACUGCGAGAAGUGUUUUAAGAGUCCUGGGAAUCUGAAGUGUCAUCGCCGUGUUCAUACCAAUGAGAGGCCAUUCAUGUGCUUUCACUGCCGGACUGGGUUCAGGCGAUCAUUUGACCUCAGUGUACACCUACGGGUUCACACUGGGGAGAGACCGUUCACCUGCUCUGAGUGUGGGAAGGGAUUUGCUCAUUCAUCCAACCUCACUACACACAAGCGAAUUCAUACUGGGGAGAAACCAUCCAUCUGCUUGGAAUGUGGGACGGGAUUCGCUCAGUCAUCCAAUCUUGCUGUACACCAAGACACUCACAACAUGGAGAAACUAUGGAAAUGUGGGAACUGUGAAAAGGAAUUCAGAUCUCCAUCCCAGCUGGAAAUUCAUCAACGUAGUCACACUGGAGAGAGGCCAUUCACCUGCUCUGAGUGUGGGAAGGGAUUCACUCAGUCAUCUAACCUGCUGAAACAUCAGCGAGUUCACACUGGGGAAAGGCCAUUCACCUGCUCUGAAUGUGGGAAGGGAUUCACUCAAUCAACCAGCUUCAUGGCACAUCAGCGAAUUCAUACAGGAGAAAGACCAUUCAGUUGCUUGUUCUGUGGAAAGAGGUUCAGGAAUUCAUCCAACCUCACUGCACACCAGCGAGUUCACAGUGGAGAGAAACCAUUCACUUGCUCCAUAUGUGGGAAAGGAUUCACUCAGUUAUCUAGCUUGUUGACACACCAGCGACUUCACACUGAGGAGAAACCAUUUACCUGCUCGCAAUGUGGGAAGAGAUUCACCCAGUCAACCAACUUGUUGACGCACCAGCGAGUUCAUACCGGAGAGAGGCCAUUCACCUGCUCCACUUGUGGGAAGAGAUUCAUUACUUCUUCCAACCUGCUGACUCACCAGCGAGUUCACAGUGGGGAGAGACCAUUUACCUGUUUUGACUGUGGGAAGGGAUUCAUUCAGUCAUCCACCCUGCUGAUACACCAGCGAGUUCAUACUGGGGAUAGGCCAUUCCUCUGCUCAGAGUGUGGGAAGGGAUUCACUCAGUUGUCCAGCCUGCUGACACACCAGCAAGUUCAUUCUGAGGAGAAACCAUUCACCUGCUCUGAUUGUGGGAAGGGAUUUGUUCAAUCAUCCAAUUUGUUGACACACCAGAGAGUUCACACUGGGGAGAAACCAUUCACUUGCUCCACUUGUGGGAAGGAAUUCAGUACUUCAUCUAACUUGUUGACUCACCAGCGAGUUCAUGGUGGGGUGGAAUAACUGAUUCAUGAAAGCUGUGGCACUGAUUCAAGAACUCUCAAGAAGAACUUGAUUACAACAAAACAAUGCACGUUUAUUUCAAUCUGGAAGUGAUCUUGAGUUCAAAAUAUACAAUUCAGUGUUUGAAAUUGACUUGCAUCUCCAAUUAGAAAGUGCUUCACAGCAGCAUCUCCACUGUGAAAUUAAAUAAUCAAAGAACAGAAAAUAUUAAACUAUUUUACAGGCAGAUGAAUAAAAGCUUCAUAAACCAAUAUUGAUAUUUGCAGUCAAAAAUGUGGAGCUGGAAAAGCACAACAGUUCAGACAGCAUCCGAGGAGAAGGAAAGACAAUGUUUCGCAUCGGAGUCGUUCUUCAGGACUUGAUAUUUGGAUGUUGCUGAGAUCAAUCAUUAUAACACCAGCAGCAAUAUUUGGUGAAGACAGAACCCACAACAAAGACUGAAUUUGAGACUUACACAGUGGAGGUGAUGUCUGUGAUUGAUGCAAAAAGCAAAGCUGACUAAUGCUCAAUUGAAAUUGAACAGCUAGAACAUUGUGUACUGCUUGAAAGUAGUCACGACAUUGUAUAAAAGACAGGGAUAUAAACACUGAUCAGCCGAGUUAAGAAAUCCAAACUCUCUGCAACAGUGGUGUCUACAUGUUAUGAUUGCUGGGAUCAAAGAGGGCUUUUGGUCCUACCUGGCCCAAAAUUGCCCCGUUAAAAUUGGGAGAUAGUGAAGGAGUCACCAACAAAUGUUCUGCUGGCUCACACGUGGCUGAGUUGUACUCCUGUGAAAUAGAGACCUCCCAAUCUCCUGAGAAAGGGUCAAUGGACUUAAGACGUUAACUCUGUUUUUGUCUCCACAGAUGCUGCCAGACCUGCUGAGUUUCUCUAGCAAAAUCUGUUUUUGUUCCAGAUCUGCCAAUCUCUGUUUGACACUCUCUCACAAUUUUGUUUCAGGAUUGAGUUGGACAAGGAAUUCCCAUCACUUGAGCUUGAAAAGCCAUUGACUGCUCAGCAGUGAUAGGACAGGUCCACAGGUUAAGGUGCUGAACUGGAGCAGGGCCAAUUUUGGGGCCAUUAGGCAGAAUCUAGCAGAGGUCGAUUGGGUAAGUCUGUUUGAAGGCAAAGGAAUGACUGGAAAAUGGGAGGCUUUUAAAAGUGAUAUCAAGAGUCCAGGGACAGCAUGUCCCUGUAAGAGUGAAGGGAAAAGCUGGCAGGUUUAGGGAUUCCUGACUGACAAAGGAUAUUGAGGCUCCGGUCAAGAAAAAGAAGGCAUACAUUGUGUUUAAGCUAUUGGACACAAGUGAAUCCCUAAAUGACUAUAAAAAGUGUAAGAGCACACUUAAGAGGGAAAUCAGAAGGGCAAAAAGAGGGCAUGAGAUGGAAUUGGCAGAUAAGGUUAAAGAUAAUCCCAAGAAGUUCUAUAUCUAUAUUAAGAGGAUGACGAGGGAGAGAAUAGGUCCCCUUAAAGAUCAGCAUGGCCAUCUAUAUGAAGCCACAGGAGAUGGGGGAAAUCUUUUAAUGAUUGUUUCCCUUCGGUGUUUACUGUGGAGACAAUCACGGAUGCUAAGGAAAUAACGGAAAUAAGUGAGGAUGUUUUGGACCGCAUACAUAUUACCAGAGAGGAGGUGUUUGCAGCCUUAAAGCGCAUUAAGUUGAAUAAAUCCCCUGGACCUGAUCAUUUCCACCCUUGGAUUUUGUGGGAGUCUAGGGGAGAAAUUGUAGAGGCCCUUGCAGAGAUUUUUGCUUCAUAUUUAGCCACUGGUGAAGUUCCAGAAGUCUGGAGGGUGGCCAAUGUUGUUCCAUUUUUUAAGUAAGGCAGCAACGAGACAAGGAACUACAGGCCAGCAAGCCUGACAUCAGUAAUAGGCAAGGUACUGGAGAGGACACUGAGGCACAGGAUCAACCAACAUUUGGAUAGUCGUGGUCUGAUUAGGGAUAGUCAGCAUGGAUUUGUGUGCGGGAAGUCAUGUCUAAUAAAUCUUUCAGAGUUUUUCAAAGAAGUAACCAAGAGGAUAGAUGAGGGUAGGGAAGUGGAUACGGUCUAUAUGGACUUUAGUAAGGCCUUUGACAAGGUUCUGCACGGCAGUCUAGUCAGGAAGGUUAGGUUGCACGAGCUCCAGAGAUGUGAAUGUUCAAGGCAUGAUUACUAAGUUUGCGGAUGAUACAAAAUUAGGAGGUAUCAUUGAAAGCAA